AUGUCCGCAGCCGCUGAGCCAUCCACCACUGCUACGAAGCUCUCCAAGGAGGAGGAAAUCGCCCAGCUUCAAGCCAGGCUCAAGGAGUUAGCGCCUGAUGAUUCCGCCAUCGUCAAGAGCAAAGUCAAACUUGACGCACCAGACAAGUUUGGUGGGCAGCAGACCAAGUUGGCUGGGUUCUUGCUCCAAAUCAGAACCUACCUGGACCACUACGAAGCCAACUUUCCCACCGAUUAUAAGAAAGUCAUCUUCCUCGGCACUAGACUCACCGACCAAGCCCUCAUCUGGUACGAGCCGAUCCUCCAGGACCACUACCUCAACGGCGAUGAAGCCCAGGAUUUCACAAAAAAGAUCCUACACUCCGUCAAAGAGUUCGCCGAACGCUCUCACCCAUGUCUUCGGAGAACAGGAUGA